ACCAAAACGACAUGGGGAUCCCGGACGAGCUUGGCCCUAUCCUCAUCGGGGGGUUGGUCUCCGCUGCGUAUGCAUGGCAUUGCCUGAUUUUGUCACACUUCCUCUCAUUUUAUGUCAAGGUUAUAUGGCAUAACGACUCUCCAGGGGCGUUUUAAAUGGGAUAUUCAGCCUCGUGCUUUACUUACCGGUUAUAGACGUAUGUGUAUUUCAUGCACUAUGUUGAGGAUGCCUCAAUCAAAAAAUUCCUGGUUGCUGCUGUGUGGGUUCUCGAUACCCUGCAUGUCUCGCUCACGUGUCACAUCUUGUAUUACUACAUGAUAACCAAUUAUGGUGUUCCAACGAGUUUGGAGUAUAAUAUCUGGUCAUUAACAAUGUCGUUUCUGGUGAAUAUAUUUAUGGUUUGUAUAACUCAAUUGUUCUUUGCAAACAUAAUAUAUUAUCUUUGUCGCCCUCAUGUGAAGUGGUUAGUGACCACCCCAAUUAUGCUACUAGUUCUAGCUCACUUCGGGUUUGGCAUGGAGACAGUUGUUCUGGAGUUCGUAAAUAACAGGAUCAGUGUCCUCACGCAGAUUAAGUUUUACGGCGUGACACCCACCGUAGCUACCGUCGUACUCGCUGAGACUCUGAUUACGGUGUCACUUUGCAUACUUCUGUAUGACGGUGGCUCUUACUUUGCAUUCCCAGGAACGAAGCGUCUCUUGAACACACUUAUCAUCUAUGCUGUUAACCGGUGUUUGCUGACUUUACUAGUUGCCAUUGCAGAGCUGGUCAUGGUACAUGUGGCCUAUUAUACUAUGCUUAUGUCGCUCUCACACUUCCCUCAGACUGCUAAUGAAAAACAUGCCUGGUUAAUAGGGUUAAACUUCAUCAUUGGAAAGCUAUAUGCCAACUCGCUUCUAGCAUCGCUGAAUACCCGGCAAUAUCUUCGAUCUCUGGGCUCAGGCAUCGAGUCAGCCGAACACGUCGGUGCCAUCCACUUCGCGGACCCGGCGAAUCUUUCGUGGACAGAGGGGGUUCGAAGGGUGGAGUAAGGCGGUUCGACGUGCACGAGAUAACCGCUAUCGGCAUUAGUGCCGAUGUGACACUUGAUAAUGCGAUAGUAUUGCGG